CAAAACUCACUGCGGAUCAAGCAAAUUUUAACAAAUAGGCAAGGCAAAUUUCAGCUCUCCUAGGAAGAAAAGGAAAAAGCUCAUCUGAAGUUUAUCAUAAUUUUGGAGACUUCAAAUUGGCCAACCAUUGAUAAGCCUGCAAGAACGAAGCUGCAAAUUGCCAGUAUCUCAGAGCUUCCCAUUUCUCCCCACAAAAGGGUCUUACAUUGUAGACAACAGAGUACACUAGAGCUAUUCUGAAAAUGUCAGAGACAUCUUCCCAUGAAUCUUUUUAUGAUUCCCUAUCAGAUGUUCUGGAAGACACCACGAAUGCUGAGUUCUUCCCUGAACUAUCUGCCUUUCUCAGCCAGGAAGAGAUAAACAAGAGUCUUGACCUGGCUCGUGAAGCCAUAGCCAACUCUGAAUUGGAAGAUUUUGAUUCAGAAAAGGAAAUCACUCAAAUUUUUAAAACCUCUCCAUCAAGCCUCCGUGAAAAAACUUCUCAAAAGGAGACCAAACUGGAUGAGCAGAUGAUUUCAGCAAUGCCUCAGGGAAACAGACCAACUCAAAGUCUGACUUUACCAGAACAAGAAUCCCCAGUCCUACAAAACAGGAGUAUUUCUUCACCUACAUCCAAGAGAAAACCCACUGGCUCACCCUUGCUGACUGCCAGUCCCAGCUACAUUCGGAGCCUUCGGAGUGCUGAGAGACGUGGUCCAAAGGCACUAAACUCAAGUGCUAGGUCCAAAUUGGUAUAUCAGGGGUCCCUCGGGUCCCAGAGCCAACUCCGUGACAAGGCAGCCAAUCUGAUUGAAGAGCUUUCUUCCAUAUUUAGAGAGGCAGCAAAGCCAAGAAAUCUAAAUCUAAAUGGAGAGUCCUCAUCACCAGAUAGUGGGUACCUGUCUCCAAAGAAUCAGCCAUCAAUCUUAAGUACUUUGGCCAGUCAGAGCCCAACUGAAGACUACCCAGAAAUGGAGACAGAAGUCAAAUUACCUAAAGCUAAACACAUCAAUGACUACUGCCAGAAGAGCCAGGCUCAGUCUGGCAAUGGCAUCUUACAUGAACCACUUUGUGAUCCCAUGAACCUCCCAGCUGCCCCUCGAUUCACUCAGAAAUUGAGAAGUCAAGAAGUAGCUGAAGGGAGCAGAGUUUAUUUAGAAUGCCGAGUCAUGGGCAAUCCAACUCCUCAGGUCAGAUGGUUCUGUGAAGGAAAAGAGCUUCAGAACUCCCCAGAUAUCCAGAUCCAGUGUGAGAGCAGAGGUCUCCAUACCCUAGUCAUCACAGAGGCUUUCGAGGACGACACAGGACGUUACUCUUGCCUGGCUACAAAUCCUAGUGGUUCAGACACAACAUCUGCUGAAGUCUUCAUUGAAGGAGCCAGUUCAUCUGAUUCUGAUAGUGAAAGUUUAGUUCUCAAAUCAAAAGCUGGAAAUAUGCCACAAGCCCAAAAGAAAACAUCCUCCGUUUCCUUAACAAUAGGAUCAUCUUCCCCAAAGACUGGAGUGACUACAGCUGUAAUUCAGCCUAUCUCUGUUCCUGUUCAGCAGGUUCAAAGUCCCACUUCAUAUCUCUGCCUACUAGAUGGAGCCAAUUCUGCAUACACUCCUCCCAUUUUUACAAAGGAACUUCAAAAUGUAACAGCCUCAGAGGGACAAGUAGUUGUCCUGGAGUGCCGAGUCAGAGGAGCACCUCCAUUGCAAGUCACAUGGUUUCGGGAAGGCAUUGAAAUUCAGGACUCUCCAGACUUUCGGAUUUUACAGAAAAAACCUCGAUCCACAGUUGAGCCUGAGGAGAUUUGUACCCUGGUCAUUGCAGAGACUUUUCCUGAGGAUGCAGGAAUCUUCACUUGCUCUGCAAGAAACGAAUACGGAUCUGUAACCAGCAUGGCAGAGCUAGUUGUCAACUCAGCCAACAUGGAAAACUGUGGCCAUGACUUCAUAAGACAGUCCAACAGUGAUGAUUUCCAGCAUGAUCCACCUCCCCCUCCACCUUUAGAAAUCAGUUCCUUUGAGAUGACUCCAGAGAAACCUCCAGAAAACCAGCCAGUGACCCACCGUGAGCUUGGACCAGGCAUGGCAGGCCUUCAACUGCAACUCAACUCUGCCAGGAGGGAAACCAAUGGCAUCCAUCUGAGCCAUGGAGUAAAUGGACUGAUUAAUGGCAAAGCAAAGAGUAAGAAAUCUGCCCCAAAGCCAGCUGUCCUGCUUUCACCCACAAAGGAGCCACCUCCACUGCUCGCCAAACCAAAACUGGACCCUUCGAAAAUACAACAACUGCAGAACCAAAUUAGACUGGAACAAGAGGGAAGCCAGUUGUACCAUCAGCAGUCCAGCGCCCCACAGAACCCUCCUCCAUCCCCACCUUUCCCUCCUCCACCAUCUUUCCAAGAGCUUGAGGCUAGCCAAUCUGUCCCUUUCCCGGAUCAGAUGAAUGUUCUAACCUCCCAUUCUUCUCCCACCAUGCAGCCCUCCAGCUCCUUCAACUAUGCUAGGCCCAAACAGUUCAUUGCUGCUCAGAACAUCAGCCCUGCCUCAGGUUAUGUGACUCCUUCUUCUAGUUCCUCCACCUCCAGCCUCCCAUCUCCCAUGUCUCCAACUGCUACUCAGAAACAGUUUGGCCGUGUGCCUGUACCACCCUUCUCUCAACCAUUUCCCUCUGAAGGGGAAUAUCUGUGGUCUCCUUCUUCUCCCUCUCCUCCUCCCCCUCCUCCUCCAGUCUUCAGUCCAAACACAGCUUUUCCUAUGUCUGAUUCCUUUCCACUCCCUCCUCCCCCUCCUCCCCCUCUCCCAGGGUCAGCUCCCUCACCUUCUUACUGCCCUUCUCCAAAUACUCGAUUUGGUCACUCCAAUCAAACACCAGCAGCCUUCCUCAGCUCCAUGUUGCCAUCCCAGCCUACUCCCAUCGCAGUCAAUGCAUUAGGACUUCCAAAAAGUGUUACCCCUGUGGGAUUUCCAAAGAAGACUGGCAGAACUGCUAGGAUAGCCUCUGAUGAAGAGAUUCAAGGCACAAAGGAUGCUGUCAUUCAAGACCUUGAAAGGAAGCUUCGCUUCAAAGAGGACCUUCUGAACAAUGGACAGCCGAAGUUAACCUAUGAAGAAAGAAUGGCUCGUCGACUGCUAGGUGCCGACAGUGCCACCGUCUUUAAUAUCCAUGAACCUGAAGAGGAUCCUGCUACACAGGAAGUUGAGUCUCUUCAUGCUUCUUCUAUAGUGAAUUCUCAGGAUGGUCAAAAGGAGUACAAAGUCUCCAGCUGUGAGCAAAGACUCAUCAGUGAAAUAGAGUACAGGCUGGAACGGUCUCCCCUGGAUGACUCAGGUGAUGAAUCACAGCAAGGAGAUGGGCCAGUGGAGAAUGGAGUGGCACCAUACUUUGAGAUGAAGCUGAAACAUUACAAGAUCUUUGAGGGCAUGCCAGUGACAUUCACAUGCAGAGUGGCUGGGAAUCCAAAGCCAAAGAUCUAUUGGUUCAAAGAUGGGAAGCAAAUCUCUGCAAGAAGUGAUCACUACAGCAUUCAAAAAGAUCCUGAUGGGACCUGCUCUCUCCACACCACAGCCUCCACCCUAGAUGAUGAUGGAAAUUACACUAUCCUGGCUGCAAAUCCCCAGGGCCGAGUGAGUUGUACUGGAAGGCUGAUGGUACAGGCUGUCAACCAGAGAGGCCGCAGUCCUCGUUCUCCCUCAGGCCAGCCUCAUGUCAGAAGACCUCGCUCUAGAUCGCGAGACAGCGGAGAUGAAAACGAGCCAAUUCAAGAACGAUUUUUCAGACCUCACUUCUUGCAGGCGCCUGGAGACCUAACUGUUCAAGAGGGAAAACUCUGCCGAAUGGAUUGCAAGGUCAGUGGAUUACCAACACCAGAUCUAAGUUGGCAACUGGAUGGAAAGCCAAUUCGCCCUGACAAUGCUCACAAGAUGUUGGUGCGUGAGAAUGGUGUGCACUCCUUGAUCAUUGAACCUGUCACAUCCAGAGAUGCUGGCAUCUAUACAUGUGUAGCCACAAACCGAGCUGGGCAGAACUCAUUCAGCCUGGAACUCAUUGUUGCUGCUAAAGAAGCACACCAUGCCCCUGCAUUUCUUGAGAAGCUGCAGAACACAGGAGUUGCUGAUGGGUACCCAGUGCGACUGGAAUGCCGUGUUUCUGGAGUUCCUCCACCUCAGAUAUUCUGGAAGAAAGAAAAUGAGUCGCUCACUUACAGCACUGACCGCGUGAGCAUGCACCAGGAUAAUCAUGGCUACAUCUGCCUGCUCAUUCAAGGAGCUACAAAAGAGGAUGCUGGAUGGUAUACUGUGUCAGCAAAGAAUGAAGCUGGGAUCGUGUCAUGCACUGCCAGGCUGGAUGUUUAUAUUUCUCGACACUAGUAGUGACCCACACCAGGAGAACAAAUACACUAUCAAACCCAGUGGCAUCAGCAGCCUCAGAGCACCAAGCCAAAAAAAGUACGGCCCUCAGCCAGUCGCUAUGCAGCACUUUCAGACCAAGGACUAGACAUCAAAGCAGCGUUUCAGCCUGAAGCCAACCCGUCUCACCUGACUUUGAAUUCAGGCUUGGUAGAGAGUGAUGAUCUGUAGAUCCUGUGUUAUUUUCAAAGCAGAAACACUGAAAGCCAUUGCCUUGACCAACCAUAUUCCUUUGUCACUUUAUGUAAAAGAUACACACACCUUUGACUACAUACAAGAGAUAAAGAACACCAUAACUAUACUUUUCUAACUUACUAUUACACCCAGUGGAGAGCAUUAGUAGCUGGUAUUCGUAGAAAUGUACACCUUGCACCAAAAAUUCACAUCCAUCCAAUUUUUAAAUUUUGAGAAUUUCUAUGAGUAUAUUUGUCAGAAAUGCCAAAGCACUAAAGGAAACCAAUUUAGUGAAAGCAAACACAGUUUGUAUGUAUCACCAAGUGCCUUUAAACACAAGCUCACUAGUGCUCUUCAGCAUACUGUGAAAUGCUUAAUCGGAGGCAGUUGAACUACAAGUCAAAACUAAAAUAUGAUGCUAAAGUGGCAAUGCAUAGAGACAACUACAGUGAACAAGUGCAAUAUGGUAGAAUCCAAAAGGACAAAUACAUCCAAGUAAACGUUUCCUAUUAUAUCAUAGAGAAAGAGCUACUUGCCUUAAAUGUUCAUUGAUAUCAACAGUUUUCUAGCAAGGUUAACACCUUAGUUCUUUUUUUUUUCCCUAUGUGUAGUAUUUUUUCUCUUCCUGCCUCCUCCUCCCCCUGGGCUGGAAGCUUAUUUACAAUCCAUACUGAAAAGGCUAAUUUAAGUACCAGUAAUUUAAUGUAUAAUGUAAUGAGCUAAAGUAUAUAGUACAGUCUGUUCCAUGGAAGGAAUCCAAACACCCCCAUGACAACCAUGGCAUAUUGUUCUAGGAGGAUGGACGAGAGAGGAGAAAGAAGGUAGUAGAAUACAAGAAUAUUCUGCCAUCGUUCAUUUAACUGAACUGGAAGGAACAGGGAGAUGGUAAAGACCAGGCCUUUCUCUGUUGUUGUUAGUGAAUGAGUCUUAAAUCUAUUUGAAUAAAAUACUACCAUUCACAAGUCUCAAAUGCUGGGGUCAGCUAGAAGUCUAGAACGUGUGUGAGGAGGGAAUUUCGGUGUGUGUGGUAUUUUUUCUUGUCUGAAAAGUGGAACAGUAUAGAGCAAGUUGAAAUGGACCGAGUCUGUAAGAGUGAUGGAAAUGGCAAGUAAGCACCUGUGGGAGCUGGUUUCAUGGAUACUUGAAGGAAAUGAAGCUUGGAGAGAGGCAAAAACAGACUUGUGCCAUAGUGUAUUUUACUUCAUGGUAUACCUAUGGUCAUGGCAGGUGGUAAAUAUCGAUUUACUCCUCUAAGAAGGGACUAUGUUACACGCAGUAUAUGAAGAUGUUAGAUUAAAGGCUGCAAGCUGAUUCAACAUCAAACUGGACUGGGCAGAUUCUGACUAGAUUUGGAGGUCUGAAUUCAGAACUAAGCCAUUUUAGUGAGGGAAAAAUAAUUAGGCUGAAUGAGAAAACAUGAGGUUUUGAUGGUACUUUGCUAUGAAAGGAAAACACUGUAUUCCUUAUACAAAGCACAUAUAUCUUUCAUUAUUUAUAAGAAAAAUGUUGAAAUCUAUCUCAGUUCAUUUAUUCAAGUCAAUACUUUGUUUUGUUUUUUUUAAAGAAUUUUAUAAUUGUGUACCACUCCAUAUAUUUUGCAUUACAGCUACACAUAUAUUGCUUUGUACCUCUUUGUAAGAACACCAACCUGGUUUUAAGUGAUUGAUGGACUUUCGCACAUAGGGUAGCUAUUGUUAUCUGCAGAGUGAUACUAGUUUUAUGACCAUGCUCAUACGCAUGGCUCAUAAGAAUUUAAGAUGCAGUACACAGUCUGUCCAGGAACUAUCCUACCUAUACUUUAGAAAUAUGUCAUGUAUCACUUGCCAAAUUUUCUGAAUGUGACUUGCUAAUUUACUGGUUUUUAGCUUCACUAGCAUUAUUUUGCCACCUUGUAUUUGUAUUUAUAAAGAAACAAUGUACUAGUAUACUACUUUGGAUUGUCGUGUUGAUAUCAUGUGGUUUUAACAUCAAUAAAUAUUUAACAAGUAAGAUAGUUG